UUGAUUGAUGAAUUAUGUUCAUUUUAUUUGAUGAUUGUGGUAUUUUGAUAGUCUUUCAUAUAGAAGAUUAACAUCACAGUUUGUUCAUGCUUGUAUACCGGUGGUAUAAUAUAUUAGCUGAAACCAGUCUGAUUUAAUACUUUACGAAUUAUAUAUAUAUAUUGGCCCGCAUGCUACCAUGGGGUACUGCCCUCCAAAUGUAACUCUAGGUGAGAUAUGGGUGGAUCAUGGCAUAUCUCAAUGUUUUAUGUAUAGUAUCUGCGUAGCCUUUCUCAGGGUCUACAUUAUCUGUCUAUUUCAAUUAAUAUUAUUUUACAGAUAUGCAACAGAAGUCAUGGAUGUUCGUCCAUCUCGGAUGUUUGUUACUCAGUUAUGCUUUACACUACUUGUACCUGUAUUAGCAGUGAUAAGAUUUGUUUUACAAGCAUUUGUAUUUAAAGCGGGACAUAUAUAUGGCUAUAUGCUUGUAGCGGUAGUGAUAAACUUAAUAGUAUUUCCAAUGUCAGCAUACCUGGCGAUACUCGAGAGGCGAUUUCUGCUACCAUCCGUCCCUCCCAGAGGUCACGGAUUUGUACUGUUGGUCUUCUGGGCAUUGAUAUUUGUGUCAGAAAAUUUAUCAUUUUUAAAUCUUAAUAAGGAAGGAUGGUGGUGGCAUCUUAAAGAUCUUCAGGAUCGGCUGGAAAUGUCGUUAUUCGUCGGUCGGUAUGUGUCGUGCAUGAUAAUCUUUGUAUUGGGCAUGAAGGCGCCGGGCAUCAUGCAUCAGUUUGAGUAUCUUGAAAGCGACGACCCAACCGCACACAUCCCUACCAGGGAUGACAACAGGUCAACAUUUCGCAAUGUAUUUAGCAAAUUGCGGACGUUGUUACCUUUCCUGUGGCCCCGCAAGAGUGUUCUUCUGCAGAUAAACGUCAUAAUCUGUAUUAUGGCGCUACUGGCAGGACGCGUUGUGAAUCUUUAUGUACCUAUUUAUAGUAAAAAAAUAGUGGACAGUCUUUCAAUACCUCCAUUAUACUUCCGAUGGGAUCUAGUAGUUAUCUACGUAUUAUUCAAGUUCCUACAGGGAGGCGGCACAGGGGGCAUGGGUUUUCUCAAUAAUUUACGAUCAUUUCUAUGGAUCAAAGUGCAGCAGUAUACUACAAGGGAGUUACAGUUAGAUCUAUUCAAGCAUCUUCAUGAUCUUCCUCUGAAGUGGCACCUCUCUCGCAAGACCGGUGAAGUACUUAGAGUGAUGGACAGAGGAACAGAUUCGAUAGACAAUUUGCUCUCAUAUAUCCUCUUCUCUAUCACACCAACUAUAGUGGACAUAAUCGUGGCAAUUGCCUACUUCGUUGUCCAAUUCAAUAUGUGGUUUGGACUGAUUGUAUUCUCCACAAUGGUUUUGUAUAUAAUUGCAACAAUAGUGGUAACGGAAUGGCGGACGAAGUACCAACGUAGAAUGAAUCUCGCUGACAAUGAACAGAAGGCGCGCUCUGUUGAUUCAUUACUUAACUACGAAACCGUCAAGUAUUACGGUGCUGAAGGAUAUGAAGUAAUUUCAUACAGAGAGGCCAUUGUGAAUUUUCAGAAAGAAGAAUUCAGAUCUUUAAUCACCCUCAACAUGCUCAACACUAUUCAGAAUAUUGUUAUUUGUAGUGGUUUACUGGCCGGCUCCCUGCUCUGUAUCUCUAUGGUGGUGAAGACAUCCCAGCUGACAGUAGGCGACUAUGUGCUGUUCGCUUCCUACAUUGUGCAGCUAUAUGUGCCAUUGAAUUGGUUUGGUACAUAUUAUAGGGCUAUCCAAAAAAAUUUUGUGGACAUGGAAAACAUGUUCGACUUAAUGCGUGUUGAUAACGACGUAAAGGACUUAGUCGGCGCCCCUGAUCUGCUCGUCCGUCGCGGCGGUAUUGAGUUCAAACACGUAUCGUUUGGGUAUGGACCCGAGAAGUUAAUAUUGAACAAUAUUAGCUUCAAAGUCGCGCCAGGCAGUACUGUCGCUUUGGUGGGUCCGAGUGGUGCCGGCAAGUCGACAGUGAUGCGACUGCUGUUCCGAUUCUACGACGUGAACGAGGGUGCUGUGCUGGUCGAUGAACAGGAUGUGAAGUCCGUCACGCAGGCGUCCCUGCGAGCUAACAUCGGUGUCGUGCCGCAGGAUACCGUGCUAUUUAACAAUACCGUGCGAUACAACAUUCAGUAUGGGAAAUUGACUGCGGAAGCUGCGGAUAUAAUAUCGGCAGCAAAGAAUGCUGAUAUCCAUGAUAGAAUAUUAACGUUCCCCAAUGCCUAUGACACACAGGUGGGUGAAAGAGGCCUACGUCUCAGUGGUGGGGAGAAACAAAGGAUAGCUAUUGCGCGUACAAUACUCAAAAAUCCAGCGAUCGUUCUUCUUGAUGAAGCGACGUCUGCUCUGGACACCAACACAGAAAGAAAUAUUCAGGCGGCGUUAGCCCGUGUAUGCGCUAACAGAACCACUUUAAUAAUAGCGCAUAGGUUAUCUACUAUUAUUCACGCCGAUGAAAUCCUCGUGCUCAAAGAAGGAGAAAUAAUCGAGAGAGGAGACCACGAAACUUUACUUGCUCAAAACGGUUUUUACGCGGGAAUGUGGCAACAGCAACUCGAGAGUCGAAAUAGUACCGAUAGCAACAAUGGUGAAAGGAAUAACAACGGCGAAACAACACCCAGCCAGACCAAUGGGGUCAGCGCCAUCGGCCACGGACACGGCCAUGGCGCCAUCUAGGUGGUAUAAAGUGGAACUAUGUGAUAAUGCUAGUCGGCAAAAGUGCCACUAUCAUAAAUGAAAACGUAGGUUUGUCAAUUGUUUAGUGGGCCAUUUGGACAUGACUGAACUUGACUGUAACUGACAUGUAAAUUUUACCGUCAACUUGGCUCGCAAUACCAGUAUGGCCUUUGUAAUUAGUGCUCUAAGUGCAUAGUGUAAUUGCGAGUCUCGCUGUAGUGCACACUCAGAAAGUCGGUGUAUAUAUGUUGACAUUGUGAUAAUGUAACUAUAUUGUACCUAGUAGUAUUAAUCGGUGGAAAUUUUAUGUACUAUUUCAGUGUUAUUAAAAUGUUUUUAUUAAUUUUAUCUUUUCAUUAUGGCGUUAUUGAAAAUGUAAUAUAAAAAAAAUGAGGUUAUAAAACAGCUCUACUUCUUUGUCGAAUUCCAAAUAAUCGUAGUCAAUUCAAAAUGUAACCAUUU